GUAGCUACGAUUGGCUGGCUGAUCUUCCUUCCCGUAGUCAAUGGUCGCCGCAGUCAUUCGGCUGAGUAUCGGUUCGAGUUUUCCCAGGAAAACAGUACUUCCCGCGGACCCAUUGUUCCUGACGUGUCGGUAAAGACCAACGAAAGGAGGAUUUAUUGUGCGAUUCCAUCAAGCACCGGAGAUUUAUAGAAAAUGAGUUCAAGUGCUUGUUAUAAAUGUAACCGAAUGGGUCACUAUGCACGGGAGUGUCCACAAGGUGGUGGAGGUGGAGGUAGAGGCGACCGUGGCCGUGAUCGAGAAGGUGGCUUUGCCCGUGGUCGUGACAAGUGCUACAAGUGUAACCAAUUUGGACACUUUGCACGAGAAUGUAAAGAAGAUCAAGACCUUUGCUACCGUUGCCAAGGUGUAGGGCACAUUGCAAAAGACUGUCAACAGGGGCCUGAAAUGAGCUGUUACAACUGCAACAAGACUGGUCAUAUGGCGCGUAGCUGCCCCGAAGGUGGUAAUGAUUCUGGACGUUUUGGAAUGCAAAGUUGCUAUAAUUGUAAUAAAACAGGUCAUUUUGCUCGUAACUGCACCGAAGUCGGAGGAAAAGCAUGCUAUACUUGUGGCAAGCCUGGUCAUUUAAGCCGUGAAUGUGAUCAGGAUGACAGAAAGUAGGAGAUAACCGGAAUCCGUGCCGCUCGCUUAACGAUAAGCCGUUUACCGUCGCGCGCGCUACUACCGGGGAUUGUAGCUAGGUAGGGAUGUGCGAACGUAUGUCUCGUUGAUGCGUAUAAUUGCUAAAAAUGAGUUUUGUCAUAGUCGUUCGAAUUUCCAUCUCUCCAUGCCCAACUCCCGGAAGCCCAUUUUAUUCCUAGUUUCCCUCCCCUUCUACAUGUCGUUGUUCUCUUCGCAAGGGUUUUUUCUUAUGAUGUCUCUGUUUUUUUUUAUUUUUUUUAUUUUAUUGCUGUUACAUUACACUAUACAUGCGUGCGCGCGCACAAAGUACAUUUACACAUAGAACACAUCCAGCAUUACAUGAAUACACACUAUACGAUGUAAUAAUAUUAUAAACAUUCGAUUGAAUUAGAGUAGAGACAUGAAUCCUCUGUCCCCUGACCUUCAAACUAUCUCGUACGCGUAUUAUUUUGUGAUGCAAGAUGUAUGGAUUCUUAAUAUAUUUCAUAAAAGAAAUUUUACAAGUGCAGCAUUUAUGACAUAUUUUGUCAGCUUCAGCUGAUGGAAUUUGAGAUAUUUGUUGGUAAUUCAUAUUGAGGGAGGAAAUAUUAUCAGUCCAUUGAAUUAUAAAUGGAUAGCCGUUUGACAUAAGAAAGGGAUAUAUAAUGACUACGAAAAAAAUUGUAAUAAAUCAAAUUUAUGUUCCUUUCUCACAUCCACGCAUCUUGUAUCCGGUCCUCCCUCUCGAACUCUCUAGCAACUCGAGUUAAGGUGAAAAAAAAGUUCAGAAGUAAUGGGAAAGGAAGUGAACAUGCCGGCCCUGAAUACAUAUAAGUAAGGUUUAGUAACGCCAAUUUUUAAUGUGUAAGGAUGUAAUGAGGAUCGUUGAAUUAUUAUUUUAUAACAGACCUAGUUUCAGACAUCAACAAAAGUUGCACAAUUGUAAGAUUGUCAGUGUUUACGAGUUUAUAUACAGUUAUACUUGAAGUAUCAUCUUAGAUUCUCAUAAAACAGGGCAAAAUAUAUGUGCUUCGUAUGUCAGAUUCUUUAAGCGAAAAUGAAUGCAAUUACCUCGGUGUGGUCGUCAAUGAUCAUCACAACGUAUAUAUGUAUAUAUACAUAUAAACACAGAGGUCUAUACAAGUUUGCACAUUUUGUAUGUACAAUCAUAAUUGUUAUGCAGGUGGUCACCAUUGUUCAUAUUGUCAGUGAUUGUUAUGAACUUUCAAAGGAUGCAGUUGCACUUUGCCUUAGUAUAUCCUUACAUAUGGUGAAAUAUUUCGUUACUAGGUAUAUGUAUAUAUAUAUAUAUAUGCGCAUAUGUGUAUACAUAUAUACAUACAUAUGUGCCAGGAGCUGUAUUUUGUACUGUAAAAAGCUAGAUAUACUCUGGUCGUUGCUGGUGACUAAUUCCGAUGAUUCUCUUAUUUAUACAUCACAGAAAAAAAAAAGGAACAAAUUAUAUUUUCAUGUAUAAAGUAUUAAAUUAAUCUUUUUUAUAAGUUGUAGAACGAAAUUUUAUAGAUACAAUUUGUCUAGUAAUUUUUUUUCUUGUCGAGCACAUUUACUGAAAAUCAUGAGGUGAUAAAAAAGAAAAGAAAAGAAAAUGUUGCGGAUUUGGAAAUAUCUUUCCGAACAUGGUACUAGCAGACUAUUAUGUUAUUACAAGUACAAAGUAUGCAAGAUUUUUUCUAAAAAAAGAAAAAUGAAAAAAGAAAGAAGGUGAUAAAAGGAUAUGAACGUGUCUAAUGACAAACGAAAUAGACUGCAGUUAAAUUCGAGAACGGUGAUGCCGUGUUUAUAAAUGCGAGCAGUGUUGUUGGGAUAUAUAAAUUGAUUAAAUCCCUAAUAUUUUGAUUGAAAAUCGUUCUACCGAACGAACGGUUCAAUUUAAAUUAAGAUCGUUCACGGAUCUAUGUUUAGUCUAGGUAGAUUUGGCGUGAACAUGUCGUGCACGCGUCCGUUCAUGUACAACUUUUAAUGAAUAUUCUUUUUAAAAUUAUUCAGUAGAUGAUGACCACGAAUGGCCACGUGCACUACGUGUAUACAGGAAAAUUGAUGCUUUUACCAGCAGCGACAAUGUGUAUUAAUGUUCAGAAGCCAGGCGUGCCUGACUUGGUGGAACUAAAGAAAAGCGCCUUGUGCGUUGUGUAUCGCGUAGUAGAGGUGUCCUGCAACAUUUUAUACACUUAACUGUUCGGGACUUAAACCGAUCUCAUACAUGAUUUUGGUAGUUGUAAUCAGUGCAUUAGUGCGUCUGACGAGAUUUGGAGGAUCAAAAAAAUUGUAUUUCGCUAAUGAACCGUAAUGGAUCUUUGGUGCUUUCAUUGGAUACAUGAGUUGUAAAGGGACGACCGAGUAAAAAUCCGUGUAAGAAAGUAAUUUUGUUCUUUGUUUCUGUAACCGUUAUGUUAUACGAUUUCAAUGUGUAUAUGCACACGGGUAUAUAAUAUAUAUAAUAUAUAUAAUAUAUAUAUAUAUAUAUAAAAUAUAUACUAUAUAUAUAAUAUAUUGUGUAAAAAGAAAAAUAGAGACAAAAAGGAAAACAACCGAUGUCUUACUAUGUAGGAUGUCCGUGAAAGGGAAAGCACACUUUGAGGAUAUACGAUUUAGAUGUGGGGUUCAUUGGUGGCACCGGAGGUUCAGACGAGCAUUAAAAAGAGUGCGAAUAGGGCACCUGCGCUUUUGUCUCUGCUACAAGACUUACGUACGAAUAUUGUAAAGAAUACGACUGUUACAGUGUAUGAACUAAUUCGAUCCGUGUACGGCCGAAUCACGGCUCGACUUAUAUUAAUCUAUUAAUACUUAAAGGAAGAAGAUGAAGAAGAGGAUGAAGAGGAAGAAAAAAAAUAAGCUGCAAAGUAAUAAAGGAUUGCGGAGUAUUUGAAGUUAUGUUUUUAAACUGAAUUUUUGAAAUAGAAUGUGUACGGAGAGGCAAAGACGA